CUCUGUUUAGGGCAGAGUUUCGUUUUCCAGCUGCGCGGUCAGCUCAGCUCUCACUGCCGCUGCGCUCAGAGCAGCCGUUAGUUUACGACAGCGAGUUUAGCUGACGAGUUUAGUUGACGAGUUUAGUUUAGCUGACGAGUUUAGUUGACGAGUUUAGUUCGCGACGCUUCUGGAGCUUUUCUUUACUUCACACAUGUUUUAUUGGGGUGAACUGACCUCGCUGGACUGUGCUGGUGUUGGUUUGAGCUGUGGGGAUGGUUUUAAACACAUCCUCGGCUCUCAGAGACUCUCCGAGCUGUCUGUCAAGCGCAGCCUGCUGGCGUUUCUCACUGCAGACGGAAAGGUGACUGUGGUUUUACUGAAUGGACAGAGUGAAGAAGGACAGAACAAAACACAGACGAGUAGAGGAGGAAAAGCGCCGAGUCCGUACAAGCGAUUUAAUAUAACAUUGAAAGAGCAAAUUCACUCUCUCAGUAGUGGAAAGCACCAUGUGGUGCUUGUGACACAGGCAGGGAUGGUGUGGGAGUGGAGUGAGCAGUCCACCAUAACCAGGCCCUUCAAAAGCUUGACUAACAAAAAGAUUGCACAAGUUGCAUGUGGAGAUGAUCACUCAGUUGUGCUAACUAGAGAUGGUCAACUGUUCACGUGGGGUCAAAACUCCAGUGGUCAGCUGGGUUUGGGGAAAGAUAAGCCUAGCUCUUUGUCUCCUCAGCCCCUCAAGUCUCUGGGUGGGAUCCCGCUGGCUCAGAUCAGCGCCGGGGGAGGCCACAGCUUCGCCCUUUCUCUCUCUGGAUCUGUGUUCGGAUGGGGCAGGAACAGCGCCGGACAGCUGGGCCUGGGGGACAGGGAAGAUAGGUAUGUUCCUGUCUGUGUGAAGAGCUUGAACCAGAAGAAGACAGUGUUCAUCUCGUGUGGAGAGGACCAUACUGCUGUUCUAACAAAGGGAGGUCUGUUGUUCACAUUCGGGUUGGGAUGUUACGGGCAGCUCGGGCAUAAUUCACUCAGAGAUGAACAUCGACCUCGUCUGCUGGGUGGACUCUGGGGGUCAAAAGUGUCCCAAAUAGCCUGUGGACGACAUCACACACUGGCACUGGUUGGAUCAUCAAAAACGAUCUACUCAUUUGGAUGUGGAGAGCAAGGACAGCUGGGAAAUGGACAGCAAACCAAUCAGUGUGUGCCAUUGCCUGUAUGCCUGCCAGCAGAAUGCAGCCCUAAUCAGACAGUGGAGAAAAUUAUGGCUGGAGGAAAUCUUUCUGUUGCCUGUUUCCAGGAUGGUGAGAUCUCAGCAGGUUCAUGCAAAGAGAUGUCAGUAUUGGAUGAUGGAAUUAUUGACAGAUGGAUUUUAGACUGCGAGAAAGCAAAAGCGUGGAACAAAGUGAAAAGUGAAAUCAAGAAAAUGUUCUCAUCAGCAUCGUGUAUCAAUGGCAGCUUCAUUGACAAAAGUGAUAAACAUUAUAAAAUGUCCGAAAGGCAUUCUGGUCUGGAUUUGUCUUUGGCUCGUCUUGCUUUUGAGAAGCUGGCCCAAAAGCAGAAGAUUCUACUGGAGGUGGAAAGUGUAGUGAAGCAGAAUCUGCUCUGGUCUCUGGGCUCCACUGCUGCUGGUGUCGAAGCUCUGAGAGUUUACCUCAUCCUGCCCGAGCUCCUCAGAGUGCUGAUCAAACAGCAGCGUGGAAGGCAGCUCGCUGUAGAGCUGGCUUCUGCCAUUUUACACCUGGAUCAGGAGUCACUGAGUGUCUUAAGAAGCCUGUGGACCACACUGCCCUAUUACUACUACAGAACGCUGGUGAAGGUGUUUCACUCUGUAUCGGCACACUUCAUCACCCAGAUGACAACUAGGAUAUGCAACCGCUGGGAUGAAGCAUCAUUUCCUCUAAAGGUUCUGCACGAACUGUAUGAUAUUAAUAGCAGGAGAGCCACACGGUUGAUGGAUGAUUAUUUCUACGUUAAAGAGCUCUCUGAGUUCUUUUGUUCGAUUCCAUAUUUCUUCAGUGAUCAGCAAAAAUGUCUAGUUUUCCAGAACUUUAUGAAAAAUGUGGACUCUCUUUGUUGUUACCCUUUCAUUGUUGACAUGAGGUCUAAAUGCAUUCUUUUCAGAUUUUUGCUGGAAAGACAAAAGAAUGUGGAUCCUCCACUCGCCUGUGAAAACUCACUGUGUGUGAGGAGAGAAAUGGUGCUGGCAGAUACUCUGACACACCUGAGAACAAAUCCUCCUGACUUCUCCCUCCCAUUAAAGGUGAAGUUUUUACUGGAGGAUGGGUUUGAUGCUGGAGGUUUGCGUACAGAAUUCUUCAGACUGCUCAGUCAGGAUAUAAGAAAAGCCUCCGGCGUGAUUCGAGCAUCUGAAGACUCAGGACUCUUCUGGUUCUCUGCUGAUACCUCUGGUACCAGCGAUGAGUUUUACUACCUUGGCGUCAUCUGUGGAAUGGCCUUGUAUAAUCACUGUCAUCUAAACAUCGGCUUCCCGUUGGCACUGUUCAAGAAGCUACUGUGCCUGAGUCCCACUCUCAGUGACCUGGAGGAGCUGUCCCCAGCGGAGGCCAGGUCUCUGAGAAAUGUACUGAUGGAAGAUGAGGAAGUUGAGGAGAUUCUUUGUUUGGAUUUCACAAUACAGGGCAAAGAGCUCAUUCCGAAUGGAAGGGAAAUCCCUGUCACCAAAGUCAACAGGCAGAAAUAUGUGGACUUGUAUGUUGACUUUUUUCUUAACAAGUCAGUGGAGUAUCAGUUCAAGGAAUUUGCGAGAGGAUUUUCUUGUGGAAACUGCUCCGACUUCUGGAGGAUUUUUCUGCCUGAAGAACUCAGGCUUCAACUCUACGGCACAUCUCAAUAUGAGUGGGAAGAACUCCGAAGGAUUGCCACUUAUGAACACUGUGGACCCUUGGAUGAACUGGUUCAGAAUUUCUGGACUGUUUUCUGUGAGCUGUCUGAAGAACAUAAGAAGAAGUUUCUGAUUUUCAUGUAUGCAACAGACCGCUUGCCUGUGGGGGGCCUCUCUCAACUACGCCUGAUACUUGUGAGAUGUGACUAUGAAAAUGCAGACGAGCGUUUCCCAGUGGCUCAGACCUGCUUCGGCACACUGCAUCUUCCAAACUACAGCAACAUCCAGAUACUUCGAGACAGACUAAUUCACGCCAUCACCUGUUGCGAGGUUUUUGGGAAGGCAUAGAAAGUCAUUUGAUCUGUUCGGUCAGGUGUUAGUGGAGAUAUGAGAUGUCUUUUAACAGACUAAGAGUAAAAACCUAUCAUGGUCCAUGAACCUAGGUGAUUGUGUAUCAAGAUUACAGAGGUCAUAGAGGACUACUGUGUAAAUAACCUCAGUUUUUAUUUGUUGAUAUUCACUGGAUGUUACAAAUUAUGUUUGGUUGUUAAUAUCUUUUUUUUUAAUAUAUUAAAGGGGCAUUCUGGCCUAAAACUAGCAUUGCUAUGUUAUUUGUUGUUAGAGCAGUAUUAGAUCCCCUGCCUAGUUAGAUAGAAUUCACAAUUUUAAAUAUUUUCAGGUUUUGAAAAUACUUUCAGUGUUCUCUCACUACAGUACCCAGCAUGCAUUAAGCAAAUACAUCAUUGCACAUCCCUGUGGUGUCAACCAAUCCUGACUGCUAGCAUAACAACUGAUCUGUAGGCUGAUUAAUGCAACUGUGCUAGCAUUACUGUAACUCUUACUUCUGUUGUCAAACAAGACACAAAAUGGACACUUGGGACAAGAAUUUCACCCACAGAAAAUGAGCCAAAUAUCUAGAGAGCCAGGUAGCUACCUUGCUAACUUGCUAACAAUGAUGAUUUGAACGCAGUUACUAAAAUUAUACAGCUGCAAAAAGAUAUUUGGCUUCCCAGCAGUAACAUUAGCUGCCUGGCUUCUUUCCGCAUUCGACAACUGGUGAGAAAAAAAUUUUAACAGUCCGUCCCCAAAAAAUGACCCCUUAGCAGAUGCAGUGUUUCGAAGGUUUCUCCCACCUUCAAGAAACAUUAUCAGAAAGGGGGGGUUAGUCUUUAAAAUAGAUAAUCAAUCCAAAAGAUUGGAUUGUAAAAACACUUCAAAUGCUUAAAAAAGUAAUAAUAAUAAUAAUCAUAAUAGUAAAUGUAAUAGUUAAUAAAUAUCAAUAAACGCUUAAAUUUUCAACAAUAUAAUAACUUAAUAAAUAACAAAUGAAAUAGGGAUAAAAUGAUCAGUUAAUGAAAUAAAUAAAGGAAUAUAAGAUGUAAAACAAUAACUUGCCACUAGUUAAGAAGUAAAAGUUGAUAAUAAAGGUGGCAAUAAAAUACAUAUUAUAUUAUAACGAGGUCCGAUAUGUAUUUCGUGUUCAACCAACCACUUUAUGCCUCCUUCAACCACUUUAUGCCUCCUUAUAUCUACACUUUAUCAGCUCCACUUACCAUUUAGGAGCAGCAUCUGUUUCUACUUUGUUAGCCAACAGGACCAUCAAAGAGCAGGUAUUAUUCUGGAUGGUGGAUCAUUCUCAGCAACGUAUUAGUGGCAUUUUAGUGUGUGUUGCAGUGGUACAUGUGGAUCAGACACCGCAGUGAUGCUGGUGAGCAAAUUAUUCUCUAUGAUGCUGGUUGUAUGACUCUUAGCCCUGCUAGAAAAACCAGCACAGAGCAGCAUGGCUGGUCACCACCAGAACCAGAAUAUGCUGUGUUUUGAUGCUGCAACUAGCAGGACCAUGCUAGGAUGACCGGUUAAGCCAGAACCAGACCAGCAUAAACCAGCAUGAAAUGCUUGCUGGUCUUUGUUGUUGUUUUCAGCAAGGAGACAACCACAGGUCAUCUAAUCAUAUGAAGGCCACAGCCACGAAGACAAGACAGAGUUGUUUUUCUUCAACAGUACAGUAGAGAAUACUUUUUAUUACAGGAUAAAUAUAUUUCCGUGUUGUACUUCAACAAAUAUUCAUUUUAACAUUUAAACACCUUUUUAAAAAUGCAAUACAUUUUUGACAUUACAAGAAUGAAUUUAGCUCAGGAAGAGUUUCACUUUCUCACAUUAUUCUUCCCCAACCUACAUAAGUCAGCUGGGUUGUGGAAGAGUCCCCUGGCAAAAAACAAACAAAUAAGCAAAACUAACAAAACAAAAAAAUUACUAAUGGGGUUCUACAUGCUGGUGCUUCGCAUCAGUGGCACAUUGUGUCCAUGUUUAA